AGUCUAUGCCAACAACCGACAACGCAGACACCGCAACCACAACAGGACGUUUCUAAAAAUUUGUUCUUUAACGUUGUCGGUACGGAUAUUUCGUCGUGUCUCGCGAACGGUUAUCUCGAAGGACUAAAUCGGGUGACUAGAGUGUACGUAUCUUUUAUUUCUCAGUGUUUUUGUGUGUGGAAGUGAAUAUUUGGCCAAUCUGGCGGCGUACCUUGAAGGAGGUCCCGCAAUUGCCCCUGUGGGGACCCUCACGUUAAGGGCCGGGUUGGCCCAUGUGCCUAUCGGGCCCAACUCUGGUUAUUUACAUUCAACCCACAAUAUAGGUAGAUUCGAGCCAGCCGCAGGGAUGCUGAUAGCCUGCGCGGGCUGCGAAAAGCCUAUACUCGAUAAAUUUUUGCUAAACGUCUUGGAAAGGACCUGGCACGCCGAUUGCGUCAGGUGCCACGACUGCCAUGUUCCUUUGACCGAUAAAUGUUUUUCCAGGGAGAGCAAAUUGUUCUGUAGGAGUGACUUUUUUAAAAGGUACGGUACUAAAUGCGGUGGCUGCGGUCAGGGGAUUUCGCCGAGUGACUUAGUGAGAAAAGCGAGAGACAAAGUGUUCCACUUGAAUUGUUUCACCUGUCUGGUGUGCAGGAAACAGCUUUCCACCGGAGAAGAACUCUACGUCCUGGACGACAACAAAUUCAUCUGCAAAGAAGAUUAUCUGAGCGGAAACAAGGCAGCUGUGAUUACUUCGCAUCAUCAGGAAUCUCUGAUGGGUUCGGCGUCUGAAGAUGAAGAAGAUGACGAAAAUAGUACAACUUCCUCAGUCGUUAAACACCAUUCAAUACACGGUUCACUCCCUCCAGCCCCCGGCGAAACAAAUAACAAUUCUCUCCCCCCCGACAUCAGUAGUUCCCUUGGACAGGAUUCUAAAACUGGUCAAGAUGAUUCAGAAGAUCAAAAUUCCCUCGACGGUGAUCCAGAAACGAGGGAUUCCCAAACGGAAAAUAAAAGUCCUGAUGAUAGUAGCGCGGGUUCGAAACGUAGGGGACCUAGAACAACGAUAAAAGCGAAACAAUUAGAAAUUCUGAAGACGGCUUUCUCGCAAACGCCGAAACCUACGAGGCAUAUACGGGAACAAUUAGCGAAAGAGACAGGAUUACCUAUGAGGGUGAUACAGGUGUGGUUUCAAAAUAAACGAUCGAAAGAAAGACGUUUGAAGCAAUUGACAUCAAUGGGACGAGGGCCGUUUUUUGGGGGUUCUCGAAAAAUGCGCGGAUUCCCUAUGAACCUCUCUCCAGGCGGUUUGGAAGAUGGUCCAGCGGGUUUUCCUUAUUUCGCAGAUGGAAAAUUCGAAUUCGGUUACGGCGCUCCGCCUUUCCAUCCGCACGACGGAGCUUUCUUCGCUGGACACCAUCCUGGAGGAGGACCCGGAGGACCAGGAAUGACGUUCGCUCAAGCGGGUGGUCCGAUGGAUCAUGGUCCCAUGCCGAUGAGCGCAGGUGAUUUUAGUGCAAUGGCUAACGAACAGGGUCAGUUCAUGGGCCAACCGGGCCCCGGACCGGAUAUGAUGCAGGGUAAUAAUGGCGGCGGUAGAGGUGGUAGUCCUGAAUUUAUGUCAUCGGGUAAUUUCUCCGAUAACCCCCAACAAUUAAAUGAAGGACUCGUCUGGUAGCUGGCAAAAGCUCUGGCCAAAAGGGCCAGAGAAUAAUGAUAGCUUAUUUUGUAAAUAGAUAAUUUUAUUUGUAUAUCAAAGUUUAUUUCAAUCGAAAAACAAAUUUUUAUUUAAAAAUUAUGUCUCUAUUGCUGUUUCGAAAUAUUUUAUUCAACCUUUCAAUAUGUAUUUAGAGAAAACGAACUUUUUCUACGACAAAAUUCUUGUUGAAAUCGAAAUAGCAAUUGGGAUAAUUUAAAAACAAAAAUAUAUAUAUUUAUUGUUUAGUAAUUUGGUAUUUUAAUGGGAUAUUUCAUAUAAAUUGUCCAAUUUUCCAAAUAUCUCAAAAUUUAUUAUCGAUUGACUUGUUAACAGGUCCGGUUUAAGAGAAGGACAUCUUUCAAAUCAACUAUGGGGAGGUUCUGUUUGUUAACAUUAAUAUUUUAUUUCAAAUAAUUCCCUUUAUCGAUUUUAUUUAUAUAUUUUCAUUGAAUUUACUUUGUGUCACAAUAAAUUUAAAAAAAUUCGAGUCAUAAAAAUUGAAUCCCACUAGCAACACGCCACGCCACCCCUCGCCAUGUAUCCAAUAUGUGUGCAUAUGUUUUUCCAUUUAAUUUAAUUGUCUGUGUACACCCUCAGCCUAUGCCACGCCACUCCACACUACGCCACGCUAUCCCACGUGAGACGAUUCAAAAGUCACAGAUAUAACCGACGCGUGUUAAGACUUGUGAAUGCCCCUCUCAUGUUUUUCACGAUUUUUAUAGAUUUUUUGGACCGAAAAUCUUCUUUUUCUCUUGUUAGGUCACUAAACGAACUACUACUUCUGCUACUGAAAAUUUCUCUUUUUAAAUUAUAGAAUGAAAUAAGCGUGGUGUAUUACUAAUGUAUACACGUGAAUCGACGUCACAGGGCGUGGGAUGGCGUGGCGGGGCGUGUUUCUAGUGGGUUUCAACUUUUAUUUGUUGGUUGAAGGAUUCCAGAUCUCUAGAUCCGGCUCUGCUUGUUAAAAAACAACAACGAGAGUAACGUCCAUUUAAUUAAUAUAAAUAAAACUAAUUAUAUGAACAAAAUCAUAUUUAUUAUCAUAUCAUAACUUCCAGAAAGAUUGAAGAAAUGAAAAAAUAUUUCAAUAUAAGAAUCAGAAUUUCUACACAAGGUAAAGACAAAAACGAAACAGAUAAAAUAACAAAUAACAAAAACUAAGAAGUUAAAAACAAGCACCAAGCACCAGGCUUCCAACUUCUUUAAUGCGAAGAAAUAAUGUCCAUUUUUGAUCUCAUUUCUGAGACUAUUCAUUUCGCCAAGGUUCUAGUAUCCCACCACUAGGUUUGUCCACUUUUUAGACGUUUUGAUUGCUUUUGUAGGUCACUUAACUUUUUCUGUAGCAGCGCUAGUCUCGUUACUUAUUAACCACCCCUCGUAUUCCAAAAACUUUGACACCUGUCCAGCAGUCUCUUGCUGCUAAGUGGAUUCCAUAUGGCCCUGAUAUAUUCUGGAGAGAAGAAAGAUUUGCCACUGGAGGAGAGAUACUGGUUAUCAAGAAGACGAACUGGUGAGGAAACUGAUAGAAAAACGUGUAGAAGUUUGUAGUAAUUGAUGCCUGGGGUAUAAAGAUUAUUUGUGCAAAUAUGAGACGUUGGGAUUCAAAUUGAACCAACCUCUUCAGCUAUUAUAUUGAGAUUGUCUCAUUUCCACUCCAU